AUGGAAAGAGACACAGAGCAAAAGAUAGGAAAUAUAAUAUAUAGGUUUGAGAAAAAGUUUCAUGAUUUGGAGAGAGUUGGAAACAGAGACAUUAGUGAUUAUAAGGUGUUGGGAAGGCGUGACUUGUUUCUUGACCCCAGCGUGAGAUUGAAGGUAACACACGAGUUACUCUAAAAGGGUUAAAAAAGGAGAAAUAUACUGUUAAUUAGUGUCUGCACUUUGAUUUUAAAUCAGUAAAAGCUUUAUAUAUUAUG